AUGAGACUUUUUUCUCUUGCACUUCUUACUUUGUCAGAGGGACAGAAGAUUCUCACCGCGGCCAGACAGGAGACUCCGAAGAAGACUUUGUAUCCAACUGAACUGACAGCGAAAUCAGGAAUCUGUGGAAGAAUACAGCUUCGACCGAACCAACCGUAUGGGAUUCAGCGACCGCAUAAAAAUAAAAAUGGCGUCCCUGCGAGUACACGAAACUUUCUCAAACAAAACGGCUGUACUGAUAAAGAUAUGAAUUCCCUUGCCAAGGAAGCGAAAAAGGUCGGAGUUACCCUCAUAAAGUGCCGAUUCCCUCGACCACUGAAUCAUGAAGAACAUCGAGACGUGAUGUACUUGCGUUGCAUGAAAAACAAUCCCCUCGCGCGAAAAUCAGCGAAGCACGAUAAAAUUCGCAAGAAAGCAAUGAAGCUCAAGUGCCACGAUGGCAAACUCAAUCUGGACCGAAUGGUGCGAAAAUGCGAACGAUGGUGGGACCAAGAAUUCGAAAGCCUGGGCAUUGAAUCGUAA